UCAGUUGCCAGCUGUGCAUGCCGGCUAGCCGUGGUACACGUGCAUUAUAUAACGCAAGGAAAGGAACAAAAGAGUUUGUCCACGUACUCGAUUCGCGUCAACAGAAUAAGGACUCCACGGACAAGACAGAGCAUUCAUCAUUGUGAUAUAGGGGCGAGGCCUAGGUUGAGGAACCGACAGAAAACUAAGGAUUGGUGAAUCGAUUCGCCUGUGGAAUGUCAAUUCAAAUGGGGGCUUGGAGCUCUUGAGUCCUUGCUGGUGUGUGCUGGAGGGAUUCUUCAAUUCAGGAUACGUGCUUGCCUGCAAUCAGAAAAAAAAGAAUUUCUUUGAGGUAUGAUCGAGUGGCAACUGUUACUGAAGCUGAAAUUCAACAUCAGUUGUUGGAAAUCGUGUGGUUCUCAAUUGCAUGUGAGAGAUCAACAGAGCGCCUGGCUUGAUUGAGCUAAAAUUGCAGCUGCACAUCACACAGAAUUUGUGACUUCUAAAUACUUGCCCAAAAGACACAAGAGGCUUGAUAAAUGCUGAAAAAAUAGCUUGGGGGCUGCAUUUAGUGAGUGAGGAUAUACCUACAGGUAUUCACUGAACUCAGGUUUCAAGUCAACCAGUAAGCCAGAAAGGAAAUUGAAACUCCAAAUUCUAUACUGUAAUAUUUUCUGCUGCAAGUAUUUGUCUUGGACUUAUUCUGGCUGUGCAUAUCCAAGAAACAUUCAGAAUGGCAAAUUACUACUGUAUGGAUCGCACCAUCAACAGAGGUUUCUAUAAAUAUGGGAAGUUGAUUGCCCGACAUCCGCUUGUCUUUCUGAUCAGCCCCCUCAUCAUUGUGGUUCUUCUGGCUGGUGGAUUAAGUCAGUUUUACUUCAAUGAUGAUGUGGAGUAUCUCUUUACGCCCGACGACUGCCGGGCUCGCAUUGACGGCGAGUUCACCAGCGAACACUUCCUGACUGGGAUUGAGGGAGGCGAUUUUUUGCCCAACCGGGAGCUGGAGCUGUUCAACCGGAGGGGGAGGGUGAUCAUAACUGCAAUGGACGGCAAAUCAGCUCUGCGUCGUGACGUCAUGGCAGACCUCUUGAAGUUGGACCAGGUGAUCCGGUCAUUCAACGUCACCUACAACCAAACUACUGUGGUCACGCACGAAGAUGUCUGCCAACGCUUCAUGGGCCAGUGCGUGGACAACGAGAUUCUAAAGUUUUAUCGGGGUCGCAUAGACGAGUUUGAAAAUCUGACCGUGACAUAUCCUCUGUCAGAGAUCCCCAUCGGAUUUGGCCUGACCAUCCCUGCGUUCCUCGGCCCAAACCUUGGUGGAAUCAUGUUAGACAACAACAGCAACAUUGAAAGUGCUCAGGCUCUCCGCCUGUUUUACUCCCUGGGGACGGAACCAGAGGAUGACCACCUUGCUGCCACCUGGGAGUUGGAGUUCCUCAAAGUGGUAGACGAAUUCCAGAACAGGACGUCGACGAUGAACAUCCGUACCAGCACUUCGAUGACGCUGUCCGUGGAAGUCAACGAAGCAUCCUACCGAGUCUUGCCCCGCUUUGUGGCCACCUUCUGCAUGCUUCUGCUGUUUGCUGUCUGCUCCUGCAUCAUGAGAGAUUGGGUUCUCAGCAAGCCCUGGCUGGGACUCAUCGGUGUCAUCUCAGCUGGCCUCAGCAUUCUCUCAUCCAUUGGACUGCUGAGCCUCAUCGGACUAGGUUACAACGAAGUGGUUUCCCUCAUGCCCUUUCUCAUCCUGGGCGUUGGUGUUGACAACAUGUUCAUCAUGAUUGCCGCCUGGCGUCAGCUCAGCCUUUACCUGUCUGUGGAAGAGCGAAUGGGGCGCACCUUCUCUGAGGCUGGCGUGUCUGUCACAAUUACCAACCUGACCACCAUCUUGGCUUUCAUCAUUGGGGCCAGCUCCUCCCUGCCGGGCGUCCGCACCUUCUGCAUCUACAACGGCGUGGCCAUGUUAUUUGUCUACUUCUAUCAGAUCACGUUCUUUGGUGGAGCCAUGACCCUCAUCGGUCAUCGGGAAGCCAAGAACCUGCACUGCUACACGUGCAAGAAGGUGCUGCCAAGGGAAGAGUCACCCAACAAGUUUUAUCUUCUCUUCUGCUCUGGAGGCAUCUCCAGAAACAAACAUAAGGGCCACACUAUCGACCUGGAGCACCGCAUCAUGAAGUUCUUCCACCUCUACUAUGGACCCUUCCUGACCAAAUCCUGGGUGAAGGGUACGAUUGUUGUGCUCUAUCUGCUGUACCUAGGGGGCGCUAUUUACGGCUGCACGCAGAUUAAGAAGGGGUUGUCCCUGAAGGACCUCGCCAUCAAUGACUCGCCGACGUUCCAAUACUACGACUUGGAGGACACGCAGUUCCGUGAGGUUGGACCGGCCGUGAGCGUCAUAUUCAAGAACGAGCUGGAGUACUGGAACGGUACGGUCCGGGACCGGAUCGAGAAUCUGACACGGCGUAUGGAGGAGAGCGACAACGUGUUUGGGGAGGAGAUAACGCAGUCCUGGGUGAGGGAUUUCAGCCGGUACUGGGAAGGUGUCCAGUUGCACAUGCCGGACAAAGCCAAGCCAGGCAAGGAAAGCUUCAUGGAGGUCUUGACGGAGCUCUUCCUCAAUGAUCCACGCUACACAAUGUACCAGUUGGACAUUCACCUGGUUGAGGAUAAGGAGACAGGCGAAAAAACCAUCCAGUCCUCACGGCUGAUUGUCCAGACCAAGAACUUAUUUACCAUAGAUGACGAAUGUAGAACAAUGUUGGAGCUGUGGGACCUUGCCGAGGAGUCUGAUCUAGAUGUAAUCGCCUACCAUCCGGCAUUUGUCCUCUAUGAGAGCUACGUCCUGUUCGUCCCCAGUCUGCUACAGGCACUAGGGAUUACACUUGUCUGUAUGUUUGUGGUCGCUAUCAUCAUGAUCCCACAUCCUGUAUGUGCCCUGUUAGUGACACUCUGUGUCAUCUCCAUUGACACUGCUGUACUCGGUUACAUGGCUCUCUGGGAUGUCAACCUCAACCCGGUUUCCAUGGUGAACAUCAUCCUUUGCAUCGGGUUCAGCGUGGACUUCUCUGCGCACAUAACAUACGGUUUCGUUAUUGCACCAAAAGAGGACACCAACAGUCGAGCGGUGUACGCUCUCCAUUCCCUGGGCAUGGCAAUCCUGCAAGGUGCUCUCUCGUCCAUCAUCUCCAUCUCGGCCCUCUCCACAGCGCCUGUCUACGUCUUCAGAACUUUCUUCAAGACACUUUUCCUGGUGAUGGUGUUUGGGGCACUGCACGGGCUGGUCAUCUUGCCUGUGAUCUUAACAUUCAUGGGGAAGUGCAUGCCUCACCGAGUCCCUGAAGAAGAGAAAGACAAAGAUGCGGUUGCCAAGCAACAGAAGUCCACACUGUUACCUUCCAUCCCAAUGAAACACACACCUGGUGAGCGAGAAAAAGUGGUUAUUGAUUUGCGUGUCACAACUGUAUAGCAGCUUGUAACAUAACCCCUUCCUGUAUCAUAUACAUGUAACAAUUGUCAUUUAUUGUAACUGUGCAGUAUUUUUGUGUUAAACCCAAAUUGUCAUCAUUUUUUUUUCUUUAAUUGAGCAUGAUUGCCUGUAUAUUAAUAUUUUCAAUAUAUAUGCAUGCAUGAAAUAUUUCAGAUAUGUUUGUGUCAUUUCCAUCAUGCUAUUGAUGACAUUUGAAUGAAAUUUGUUCAAUAGUAUUUUGUUUGUAUUGAUGGUCAAGUAUACAUGAAGGUACAUGUAUAUUCAUUUGAUGCAACACAUACAGCGUUAUCUUGCGCGGAACUCUGUUUUACCUUGAAUAGCCACCGGUAUGUAAGAAUCUCAGCACAGCUUUUGUUUUGUUCAGUGGUUUCUCUGUAACUUUGAAGCGGAGCUGAUUAACGUAGUUUUGUGAUGCAAGGUCAUGAUGAAAUGCGCUAUGUGUGUUUGGACUUGCUUUGUUUGCAUGGUAUCUGGUUAGCAUGUGGAGUUGGCAUACCUCUACCUGCUCAUACUUUCUGUUUUCCUUGAUUUCUUUCUUGUUUCCCAUUAUGAAACAAAUUUUUGGGAUUUUUGUCUUGUGAAAUUCCCCCUUGAUCGUGCUACCGUUUUGCAUGCCCAUUACGUAUCCUGAUGCUGGUUCAUAUCAAGACAAGAAGCGUUCAUGUCGGUGUUAACUGUGAAAGCGUUUUCCUCGCAAAGCACCCAUAUCAUCGCAUGAAUUGGACCACUUUUGCCACUUCAGUCCAUCAUUCCAAAACUCAAGCUACAGUGAAUAAAUAAUCACCUUUUCUCUUUCUUUUCUUGUAUUUUCUUUCCCGCAACCACAAAAGCUGCCCAACCAGUGAUCGCUUAGGAAUUGUUGGAUCAGCAAAGAAGUGUUGAGCUUUUACACACAAAAACUUUGAGAUUUGAUGUCACACUUAAUGUUGCAACGUGUGUAUGUCUUGGAGUGAUAAAUGUGUAUUGUGUGUGCAAAAGGGUUAGUACACAACAAGGCAAUAAAAAUUGUAAGUCAGUGCUAAAAUCAAGUCCUGUCUUAAACAAGUAUCAAAGUGCUAGAGAAACGUGCAAAGUUGACAUGUAGAAAAGUAAGCAAAUAUUGUUAGCAAUUGUGGUGUUGCAGUACUUUUGCUGGUAUUUUUUGUACAUGUGGGUAUUCUACGCCCGAGUGGACUCUGUUAAGUAAGCCAUAUUUUUUUAAUCCCCCAGUCAGUGUCAUCAAUCUCUGUUGGGAAUGUAUGGGGAUUGCGGGAAAUUCAACGUCUCGUACUUGACACGAAAUUGACAGGGUGGAUGUGGAACAAAAUGCACGAGACACAAAGUCCAUCCUUGGAAGGGGGGGGUGCCAAAUAUGUCCCCAUUGUCUUCCUAUUCAAAGUCUGUCACCAAAUCCCUGAUUACGUUUGCAAGGUGAGCAGAAAGAUUAAGGGGUAAAAAGGUUACAGGUCCUAUGCAAAGUCCGCUUGGAUCAGCUGUUUUUUGACUGAUAUGAAGGUAUUGCUUGCGGUCGAGAGACUUAUUUAGAACAGAUAAAAGAGAUCUGUCCUCUGAUUGUAUUGUGAACUAGAUUAUUCAAAGCACAGUAGACUUAUUGUUACGUUGUAAAUGCUACAUGCACUAGCAAUAUACAUUUACUAAUAUACAGCUUCACGCAGAGAACACUUUACUGCUUCAAAUAUGUUCCAGUCAAAUUUCUAAGAAACACAAAAUCUAGGAGAAUAUGAAAUUAUAUUUUUGGCAGUGUUUUAGAGCUGUGAUACAGGCAUAGUUGCUGAGAAAGGGAUGGGAAAGGUGUAUCAUAAUUGAUUGAUACUGUCUUGUACUGGGUCCAUUAUUGUAUUAGCAUUCUCUCGGAGAAGUCUGUUGCACUCCUUGGCAUAAUCUUUGAAUCUCCACGUACACGUACAUGUAUUUAUCUUUUCCCCACUUUGUUAAACAUGUACAAGUACGGUACAUGUAGAUCCAAGACC